CCAAGGGUUUGUUCUAAGCGUCCUCUCAGCAAGCAGCAAACAGGAAACCUCUUCUGCACACCGACUAUGGCGUCCCAGCAGUGGGCACAUUUCCUAUUGAGGUUGGCAGUAGCAAGCGACGGUUAGAGGUAAAAGCACCGUCUCCUAUCUCCGUUUCUUCCUUCGUUUUUUUUUAAAGCACUAGGUCGGACGUUUGCAUGUUGCAGACAUUGGCGAACAUUGCGCACACUUGACGGAACCGAGAGACGAACGCUGCCACUGCCGCCGUUGUUGUUUUUAACAAACAACCUGACUCUCAAGAAAAUCACUAUUAACAGGCAUCGACCGUGGAUGGGCAUCAGCCCGCCUGAAAUAACCCCACAAACCCCCAUCUUACUCGGUUGGCUGGACGUCUUUUUCCCCCCUUCGAAAUCCAAUUGAGGAGAUCAUCUCCACGUCCCCCUGCUCCUCCGCCUGUUGAGAUUUCACACCAUCACGACGGCGUCAUCCCAGGGAGCCAGCUCUGUGGCGGCGAAGAUGACCGCGUCACGGUACCGUCCCACAUGGGAGCUGGCCGUGGACCCCCUGGUCUCAUGUAAACUGUGCCUUGGAGAGUUCCCCGUGGAGCAAAUGACCACCAUCACACAGUGCCAAUGUAUCUUCUGUACACUGUGCCUGAAGCAGUAUGUGGAACUAUUGAUCAAAGAAGGCCUUGAAACUGCAAUUAGCUGUCCAGACUCAGCCUGUCCAAAAAGAGGGCACUUGCAGGAAAAUGAGAUUGAGUGCAUGGUGGCCACGGAGAUGAUGCAGAGAUACAAGAAGCUUCAAUUUGAAAGAGAGGUGCUGUUGGACCCUUGUAGGACGUGGUGCCCGUCCUCGACCUGCCAGGCUGUGUGCCAACUGAAGGAGGCCGAUUCACCGGCACAGCCCCAGUUGGUCCAGUGUGCCGUUUGCACGCUUGAAUUCUGUUCGACCUGCAAAGCCAACUGGCACCCUGGUCAGGCCUGCUUGGAGAAGAAUCUUCCCAUUACCGCUUUCCUGCCAGGGGAGAACAGCUCUUUCUAUAAGAACAACGAGGACAACGCCCCCAUCAAACGCUGUCCGAAAUGCAAAGUGUACAUCGAACGGGAUGAGGGCUGUGCACAGAUGAUGUGCAAGAACUGCAAGCACGCCUUCUGCUGGUACUGUCUGGAAUCCCUUGAUGACGACUUCCUCCUGAUCCACUAUGACAAAGGGCCUUGUCGAAACAAACUGGGCCACUCCAGGGCGUCUGUUAUCUGGCACAGAACACAGGUGGUUGGAAUCUUUGCUGGGUUUGGCUUACUCCUGCUGGUCGCCUCCCCCUUCCUCCUCCUGGCCACGCCCAUCGUCCUGUGCUGCAAGUGCAAGUGCAGUAAAGGCGACGACGACCCUUUGCCCACCUAAACGCCACCACCAAGAGCCGUUCAUGUGGAAAGCCGCUCAAAGGAUGGCCCGUGUUCAUUUUGAUUCCCCCAGCCCCAUCUACCCUUCUUGUCACACUGUUCUUCUUCUCCUCAUACCAGCUUUGAGUGCAUCAUUUUUUGGGGCUGUGCCUGCACGAAGCCCAGGCUGCUAAGCGAGUUGACAGUGUUGCCCUGAAGAGAGGAGUGCAAGGUCAAAGACCCCACACGGGUCAGACUCGUCAUAAAUUGGUGGUUUGGGGCAGCAAGUCUGCGCCGCUUUAAGUGCUUUUGUUGUCAGUGGAAUAUCACAAACAUUAUGAGAGUGUUUCUCUUGUAUGGACAGUGAACUGCUCUUGUCUUAUUGUACUCAACCCCAUCCCUCGCUCCUCCCACCACAUCACCCGAUGUAUCUCUACAGGUUCAGACCAGUAGCAUUUGAGGCGCACCACGCAUGUUCGGUGUUCACUCAAUUUGCACACAUGAACAUGAUUUGUUUGUCGUGUUGAUGGUUGAGGUAGAGACUACUUCGCUCAGAUCUGUACAGUGCGUCCCUUCGGAUGAUGUCAUUGUUUUAUAACCUUGCGCUUUUAAUAGAACUGAGUCGUGUCUACUAUACGUACUGUCUUGUACUUUGAACAACCUUGAAAGGGGGUUGCCGCUUCUCUGUGCACACACAUCAUGUUAGAGUGGCACUCCCCUUUUUUCAAAUUCCGUGCUGACUCACUGAAAAGCCAAUCAGCGGACUUUCUUUUUUAAAAUCUGUUUUCUCUCGAAGAGCUGUCUCUCCUUUAAUACACCAACUCCCCAAGUGGUGGUCGAGCCAAAACCGAAGCGGAUAGCCUUAGGAUUGACAAUAGCCAAAAGCAGCCAUUUCCCCCUCGUGUGGUAAAUCCAAAUAUAUAAUCCCAGGGAAAAUGUGUACAAAGACCUUUCAGAGUGUCUGUCAAAAAAAUCGGUGUUCUGAUGAUUCUAUGAUGUCAUUCACGUCUCACUCUGUUAAUAGCCAUAAUUGUUGCGGUUAGGGGUGGGGGGUGAGCAAGAACUUUUAUUCCUUAAAUCUUCACAUCCAUUCAACCAUCACAGCACCCAAUCAGAUCUCCCGCUCAUGGACAUUUAAUAUUCCAAAUUGCAAACUUGCAUAUAUGUUAGUGGUCCGAAUGUUAAUGUUUUUUUGUCUUGUUGGUAGUUUUGACCUCCAGCAACAAGCAGCUACUCCCCUAAGGGGAGCAACAGAACAGCCUGUACAGUUGAUAGAAACGAAUGUUCCAUUUUAGGGCACCUUACUAUAAAGCUGCUCUGCGAUAUCACUUUAUCUAUGCAAGUUUGUACAUUCCUCCUCAUUUUUAAUCGUCAUUGAUUGACCACCAACAACAAGUACAGUACUCUUACACAAGAACGCUGCAGAAUGUCACCAUACGUUUUGAACAUCAUUCAUUCAUUUACUUGGAAUAAAUUUGAAAUACCGUAUUUCCUCCUCUUUUCCCCUUCAGGAGAGAAAAAGAAAAGAAAUUAAAAAGAUGUGCGGCUAUUUAGUAACGUGGCAGGCAGCACACCACAAACUGCCUCCAGAGCAGAAAUGCGAUAUGUAAUGGUGGAGUGUAAUAGUUUAACCUUUCAGCCUUCACCGAAAGCAAAUUUUCAUGGGUGGGGAAAUACGGUAUGGCUGUUUUGUAUCAGCUUUUCUAUGCUGUAGUUGAAUUUAUCAUACAUCAGUUUCGAUGAGUUUAGUUUGCCACAUUAUUGUAAUCCCAGCAAAGUGAACUGGCCCAUUGGUACGUUGUUGAUUUUAAAGUUUGGUUGAUUGAACAUCCUUUUCACAACGUAGUAUCUUGUGAGCCAACUCUCACAUGAUCAUCUACAAACUUUCAGGAAUCUGUGCAUGCAAACUUGAGAACCCAGAACUUUGGAUAACGCCCUAUCCAUUUUUUUCAAAGGUAAUGCAGAUCAUGUCAAAGUAGCGAAAGUCCAAGGUAAGAUCACCCACCCCGUGCCCCAAAAAAAGUUAUAUGUACUUCAUAUUUUUGUGUAGUAUGGUUGAUAUUGAAAAUAUUGAGGAAUGUAUUUUCCACACUGUAAGGCACUUCGGAGUAUAAGGCGCACCCUUCAACGAAUGGCCUGUUUUAAAACUGUUUUCAAAUACAGGGCCAACCGCAUUUUCAGGUGUAUAGAAUAGAAGCUACAAUCGUGGCUGCGGUUGUGAUAUGCAUCCAUUAGAUGAGCCAAGCUAAAGGCAAUGCAAUACAAUACUGCUUUAUUUAUAUAGAGUGCUCGCCGCUGUAGCUGUCACAAUGCAUUUUACAGAACAUUUAAAAUACUACGUCCAUGAAAUCAGAAUAUUGAUCCAUAUAUAAGGCACAUCGGAUAAUGAGGCGAACUGUCGGCUUUUGAGAAAAUUGAAUGCUUUUAGGUGCGCCUUAUAGUGUGGAAAAUACGGCAAAUGCUAAAAUAUUUUGGGUGUUCGAACUACACCCUAAAAAUAAAUAUACAGUAUGAUUUAAUAUAAAACAUUGACGUCACCUGAGUAAAUAGCAUUUAUUUUGCAAAAAAAUAUAUAUCUCCAUAAUAAUGGAAAAGAGAAACAUUGAAGUGCACCAAGUUGUCAAGGAGUUGAGCGAGUUAAGCGAUACUGCUCAGGGCAAAACUCUACUGAUUUGGAAUUAUGUAAGAUACAGUAAUUGUGAUCACUUUGCUGGGAUGGCAUGUACACACACUAUUGUCCCGCCUAAAUGUCAUCUCUGGUUUUACAAUUGUUGCUAACUUACUCCGAGAUUCCCACUGUUGCAUUACAAUAAUGCACUAGUAUUAACCAUCAUUCUGGUGGAGUUCAUGUAGCAUCGAGUACAAAAUGUGUCUAAGGUUACAUUAACAAGCAAAAAAACAAAACAAAAAAACAGGUCACAUGUUCGAUAACAGUAGCUAUUUUAAGCUCGAAAGUAGCUCAAACAUCUGCAGCUCCCUUUUGUCCUCACAGAUGGAUCGUUCGUCGCCUUAAGUUCGUGUAGCACUUUUAACUACCGUGUAUGUAACAUAUUUGGUAAAACAUUUUUCAGCCGUCAAGUUGUGGUUCGUCCCCCUGAAAGAGAUUUGAUUCUGGAACUUUUGUUUUUUUUGUUUUUGUUAUUUUCAUGACAAUCGUGCCAAGCAGAUUUGCUAUAAAGAAGGGCGAAGUUGUCUACUGUAUGUGCGUUUUGACUCUGUAUUUGUAAUGUAAUACCAAUUUUUACAGGGUGGAAAUAUUCUCAUGCUUCUUUAAUGUGAGCGCUGCACUGUAUUGGGGUUUAGUUGUUCAUAUGGAGGUGUCAUUUGUGUUCUUCUGGUGCCUGGUGUGUUUGACGGCGAUAGCUUUCUAAAAGAUAAUUUGCUUGUAGGUUGUUUUUUUUCUCUUUUUUGUACGUAUCAGGGUUGGCGAAAAUUAAAAAAUACAUUUUGGAUUAUUUCAAUACAAGAAAUACGUGUCACAUUUUCAAGUUGAGCAGGCAUCAAUGGCGUCAAAUAAAAUCCUGGCCAUUUCCAGAGACAUUGUUUAUUGUUCAUUGCUAAAUUUGUAUACUUUUCCGUUUGCUUGCACAAUUACCCAAUUGAAUAUGCAACAAAAACUAAAAAGGGCCAAACUCCCCAGUAACAUUGCAUUUUGCCAAUCAGGAAUUCUAUCACGCAUACUACUGAUUAGACAUCAGCACAGAUAUUAAGGGCUUGCUUCUUAAAUGUUUUGAAUGGAGAGCAAAUGUAAUGAGCGUUUUAGGCCCUCACAAUUUAUAUUUGAAUGUUGUGUCAAAGGGUAAAGCUGCAUGAUUUUUUCUCUCGAACUUUUAAUUAAUAAAGCAAUGUUUUAGCGUCUAUCGAUCAUGUUUUCCAAGAAGAAAAAAACUGCCAUAUUGUGUGCAUUUUGGGGGUGGCCUACAUCUCUCCCCUACUUCGGCCCGGCCUGUCUUACAGUUUUGGGGUUUUUUUGUUUUUGUUUUUGUUUUUUUAAUACGCAAGUGACUCGCAUCAUAGUUGCAUUCUGUGUUUGCAUAGUUUGGUUGGAAAAUGACAGCUGAUCUGGUUGCGAGCAAAAAUUACAUUUGUAUUAGUUCUGUGAGACAGGUUCAGUAUAUCUACAGUUCCACUAACACUGUGAUACCAGAUAUUAAAUGUUGUUUUUUGUGA